CGUUUCUCUCCCGUAUUCGCGCGGCGCUUCGGUCACUUUCUCAGUCCGAUAGGUCACUCAACCUGGCGGUUUCUGCAAAGGAGGUGUGACAGCUGUGUUUUAGCUGUCAAAAUCGCGCGAGUUGGAGUGUGCGGACGAGCAGGAGCGCUCAUGCAGCAGACGACAGUGUCAUGACCCAUGCAUGGACCUAGGUGGUAGCAGCAUGGCAAGACUCCUUGACGUCGUCCGGUGCCUUCGCCCAUGUUGAGCAGCGAGGACUCAUCUAGCCAUGAGUGGUGAGGGUGCCAAGCCUGAGGCUACCGUGUUGCCCAUCCGACGUGCAAGUUUAUCGCAGCAGGAUGUGCGACAGCCUGUUCGGCACCAAGUGCCAGCAACGGGGAACUUGUCGAGGCCAAAAGUUGUGCCAAGGCCUGGUUCACGGGUGGCAUCCAUUGCCAAGAGCUUCGAGCAGCUCAGCUUGGCCGAGGGGAGGACGGUUACCAACCGCCGAUCGUUCCGAGCCGCAUCCGGCAUUGUUCGGCCCUCGGCAGUGCGAAGGACGCAUUCGGUGCUGACACAGCAGAAGCCACUGACUGCUGUGCAGGUGGCUGUGCGUAAUCUGGAGGCCCGCUGUGCUAGUCCUGCCAAGGAAACUCCGGCCAAUCACUCCUUCUUGUGGACAAGAGACAACAAGGAGCUGCCAUAUGGUGGAUCACUAAGCAGUGCCAGUGGUGAUGCAAGCAAGAGUAACUCACAGUGGAGCAUGCCAGAAAGUGACAAGCCGUACGAGGACAUCACGUGGGAAAUGGUGGACGACAGCAGCUCAUCGUCGACUACGUACGAGCACCUGUAUGAGCCCAUCUACGAUGUCCUCGACCAUCAACCGCAGGGGAACGAAGAAGCUUGUGCCAGCAGUGACAUCCGGGUGGAGAUCUCAUCACAUUGCACGACCAAGGAGGCGGCUGGAAAGGGCAGCCGGAGGAGACCCCUGGCCACUUUCUACGUGCAGCUCUCUUUGGACAGUGCUGCCACCACCACCACCACAGGGUCACGGCCACAGCAUCGCCGCCGCUUGCGCCGCUCAUCAAAUGUGCCCAGGCGACCCCAGUCACCGCCACCACUGCCACCAACAGCAGCUACUGCAGGCUCCUCCUCUUCCCUACCACCAGAGACCCCCUGUGCUGAGCCCAGUGACGGCCGGCUGUUGGAGGAAGAGCCUUUGUACCAGUUCUACCAGCAGGCUGUGGUGCAGCAGGCAUGCCAGUGGGGAUCGGUUGAGGCAGAUGAGCCUUGUGGACAGCGCACCCUCUGGCGAGAACUCCCACAGGUUCGUGCAAGUGGAGUACUGGAACAUCUGACGGACACUGAGCAGCGCCAGCAGGAGGCACUGUUUGAGGUUCUCACCUCAGAAGCAUCGUACCAGCGCAGCCUGCGCCUCCUUUCGGACCACUUUGCGCAAGGGUUGCAGGGCACACUCGAGCCACGCGAGUGGGAUGCCCUGUUUGGCAGCCUGGCACCGCUGCGAGAGGCGAGCGAGCGACUGUUGGCGCGCCUCGACUGGGCCUGGGACGGCCCGCUGCUGUGUGAGCGGCGGGUGUGCGACGCACUGCGGGAGCAUGCCUCGCAGAACGGGGCCUCCUACGUGCGCUACUGCUCCCACCAGGGCCACCAGGACCGGCUGCUGCGUGAGCUCACUGCUUCGCGGCCAGAUGUGGCCUCACAGUUGCGCGACCUGGAGGUGGCUCCAAACUGCCAGGGUCUGCGUCUCCACUCGUUCUUGCUGCUGCCCAUGCAGCGCGUCACCCGACUGCCCCUGCUGGCCGAUGCCCUGCUGCGGCACGUGCCCGACAGCACGCCUGCCAGAGAUGCCCUCGGGGCCCUCAACCAGGUUGUAGCCGAGUGCAACGAAGGCGCCCGCAAGAUGGCCCGCAUGGAAGAGAUGCUCCACAUUUCACGCACCCUGGAGUUCCGGGAGUGUCGCGCAGUGCCCCUCAUUUCGUCGAGCCGCUGGCUGGUCAAGCGGGGCCCGCUGGUGCGGGUGUCCGUGGACAGCCGGAGGCGUACCUGGGGGCGCCUGGUGCAGUGUGCGCGCACUUCGUUGCACCUGUUCCUCUUCACCGACCUGCUGCUGGUGACCAAGCGCAAGGGGGACGACUACUACGCCGUCCUCGACCACUGCCCACGCAACAUGGUGCAGGCGUACGCAGAGGCCACGCUGCCUUCGCGCCUGCCCGACUGCUGCCGCCACUUGUUCCAACUCACCUUGCUACAGAACAGUGCCGGACGUACGGUCGAGAUGCUGCUAGCAGCCGAAUCCGAGAGCGACAAGACACGGUGGAUGGACGUGUUGACGCCCAUGGUUUCCAGUGACCCUGAUGAACGCAUCUACGAAGAGUGGGACUGCCCACAGGUGCAAUGCCGGCACGCAUACACGCCACAGCAGGCUGAUGAACUGGCAUUGGAGGAGGCUGACGUGGUCAACGUGUUUCGCAAGAUGUCCGAUGGCUGGUAUGAAGGAGAGCGUCUGCGAGAUGGUGCACGGGGCUGGUUCCCAGCAUCGCACACAGUGGAGCUGGUCAACCUGCACGUGCGCUCACGCAAUCUGCGCCUUCGUUACCGUCUCCUCAUGGCCUCCCAAACAUUGCUCGAGAAGCAGCAACUUAACAAGAGCGAUGCCUAAAUAAACUGCUGUGUUUUGCAC